AAAAUAAAAAAUAAAAAAUUAAAGUGUGAUUUGUCCAUGGAUGGAAGAAAAUAGAGAGAAUUGGGAAGGGGGCGUGUCUGAGUGAAUUAGGUCUUCUUCUUCAACCUAUACUUUCUUCGCUUCACACCCAUUUUCGUCAAUCCAAUCCAACCAAGUUAUCAUGACAGACUACGUGCAGGAACAAGAAAUGGAGAUUGAAGCAUUAGAAGCUAUACUUAUGGAUGAAUUCAAAGAAAUACACUCUGGUGAAAGUGGUUUAAGCACUUCCAAUAGGUGCUUCCAGAUUAAGGUCACUGCACAGGAGGAAGAGGAGGACGGGUCAAUUACUAAUCCAGCUCAACUGGCUUUGAUCUUCGCUCAUACAGAAAAGUAUCCUGACGAACCUCCACUUUUAAAUGUGAACAGUUUGCAAGGAAUACCGUCUGAAGAUUUAAGGAUUUUGAAAGAAAAACUUCAACAAGAGGCAUCUGAAAAUCUUGGCAUGGCUAUGAUCUACACACUCGUUUCCUCAGCUAAAGAGUGGUUGGCUGAGAGGUUUGGUGAGGACCCUGAUGGCGCGAUUGCUGAAGCAGAGGAGGCCGCCAAAGAAGAUAUAGUGAUACCCCAUGGAGAACCAGUUACUGUUGAAACAUUUUUGGCAUGGAGGGAAAGGUUUGAGGCUGAACUAGCACUUGAACGAGCCAAGCUAAUGCCAGAGUCCGUGCUUGCUACUCCAAAGGAAAAGAAACUCAGUGGUAGACAGUGGUUUGAAAGUGGAAGGAUGAAAGGGGCUGCUGUAGUUAUCGAGGAAUUGGAUGAGGAUGAUGAGGGAGACAUUGACUUUGAUGAUGAUGAGGAUUUCGAAGAUGACGAAGAUGAUAUGCUUGAUCAUUAUCUAGCCGUUGAAAAGUCUGAUUCAUCCCCACAUUCUUCUAUGCGAGCGAGUUAAAUUGCAUAUUUAGUUUUAUCAUGUUGGACACACUGGCUUUGAGGGGGUUUCUAUUCUGAGGGGAUUUGUUUUUGUUGUCAUUAAGAAAAGAGUAUUUUGUAGAUGUUCUUGGUGUGACGGUUUGUUUUUGUUAUCAUUAAGGUAAGAGAAUUUAGCCGAUGUUCUUGGCGUGACAAUGUGUAUUAAGAAUUUUUUUUAUUGUAGUUAUUGGCUAUAAAUCAUAGGAACACACAAUAACGAAAUGGAUGGACAAACUAUUUAACUAAAUUUAAAGGGAUAGAAAUGAGACUAGUUUGUUUCAUUUGUGAA